AGCCUAAAUAUUCCUAACAUAUUAACAAAAUCAUACUAAAUUAAGCAAAUUAUUCCCUCUCCUUUAAAUUAACCGCGCGUCCCGCCCUCCCUGGCGCCUCUUCCGCUUUCCCUUCCACCGCACCUUCCUCUCUUCCCCCUUCUUUAACCUACACGAUCUCCGUCCUUCCUCGUUCCUCCAACCCCAAAUUCCCACCACCUCUUACUAAAAAUGUCGCCGGAUGUCAGCGGCACCAACGGCGGCGACUUCCUCCUCUCCCCAACGGCGCCUCCGUCCACCUUCAACUUCCUCGAGCUAACCCUAAUAUCCGCCCAAGACCUCUUCCCCUCUUCCCGCUCCCUCCACACCUACGCCGUGACUUGGCUCCACCCCUCCCACCGCCUCCGCACCCGUCUCGACUCCAUCGGCCACACUUCCCCCACCUGGAACGACAAAUUCCUCUUCCGCAUCGACGAUUCCACUCUCUGUUCCGACACAUCCGCCAUCCAAAUCAACAUCUACGCUGCCCGCCCUCGUUUCCUUCCCGGCCCCGAUACUCUCCUCGGCACCACCCGCGCCAUUCUCAGUACCCUUCACCUCUCCCCUUCCACCCGAUUCUUCGCCCUCCAAGUCCGCCGCCCAACUUCCCUCCGUCCGCAGGGUAUCCUCAACAUCGGCAUCGGCAUCGCCGAUCCCUACGUUUGUAGCCUCCCGCUCUACGCCAAUCUCCGCACCUCCGCUUUCGCCUACCACGAUCUAAUGGCAGCCGCCAUGUCCGCUAAGCCGAGGAAGAAGGACGGUUUAAAGGGACUCGUCGCCGCCGCUCAGCCACGGCUUCCGCAACCUCAGCCUCAGCCUGCGGCUCUGGAUAGAAACGGGUCGGUGGGCGGGUCGGGGGAGAAGGAGCGAGUUGUUUUGGAAAAGAAGCUGAAGAAGUGGAGAUCGGAGAUUUGGGCCGUGGAGGAUCAGAUGGGAUGGGAGAAAGGGGGGCAAUCGCCGGCGGCAACUGAUGAUGAAGGGGGGUCCAGAAGGGCAAAGCCGAGGAGGCCUAGGGCGAUGUCUUGCUUUAAUCUUGCUGCGCAAUAUGCGGGUGAGAAUGAAGAAGAUGAUAACAGUAGCACGAGUAGCUGGAGCAGCAGUAGCCAGCGGUGA